AACGGAAUUAAAAAAAAAAAAAAAAACUCUCAGCGACGAACCUCAGAUACCCAAAACCUCCUCCAAGCUCCGAGCCAUGGCUACGUGUUCCCUCUGGGCGUCACCGUCUAUUUCUCCCCGCCGGCGAUUCUGUAGCUUAUCUCACUCUCGCCGCCAAUCUCUACCUUCGAUGUUAAACCUCGGUAAAGAGCGUAUCGCACGAAGAGUUAUCUGUAGCUACGACGAGAAAGGUCGAGAUCGGACUCAAUCUUCUGGAAUUCAAGUUUACGGUGAGAUCGAGAGGUUGUUAACAGAGACUGUUAAACAAUCUCAGAGUAGCUCCGGUGGAUCCUCUGAUUGGUCAGAAGUUGAGGGAGCAUGGGUGUUGAAACCAAGAAACUCGAAACCGAAGAUGGUUGUUCAUUUCAUUGGCGGAAUAUUCGUUGGCGCUGCACCCCAGCUUACCUAUCGAUUGUUUCUUGAGAGAUUAGCAGAGAAGGAUGUUUUGGUUAUCGCUACACCCUAUGCGAGUGGUUUCGACCACUUCAAUAUUGCUGACGAAGUACAGUUCAAGUUUGAUAGAUGCUGCCGAUCUCUACAAGAAACAGUGCAGGAUCUUCCAUCUUUUGGGAUUGGUCAUUCACUAGGAUCUGUUAUUCACCUUCUGAUUGGAUCAAGGUAUGCUGUUCAGCGAAAUGGCAAUGUAUUUAUGGCAUUCAAUAACAAGGAAGCGAGCUUAGCUAUUCCUUUGUUCUCCCCAGUUCUUGUCCCGAUGGCUCAGAGCCUUGGACCACUGUUAUCACAGAUAGCAACAUCCCCAACAAUCCGCCUUGGGGCAGAGAUGACUCGAAAACAAUUAGAAACGCUUAGCCCUCCCAUCAUGAAGCAAAUUCUUCCAUUAGUGGAACAGCUCCCUCCAUUGUACAUGGACUUAGUAAAGGGAAGAGAAGAUUUUAUUCCAAAACCAGAAGAAACAAGACGCCUUAUAAGAUCCUACUAUGGGAUCUCUAGAAACCUGUUGAUAAAGUUCAAGGAUGAUUCAAUAGAUGAAACAUCAAUCCUAGCUCAGGUACUUGGCGUGGAAUCAUCCAUAAGCUCAAAGCUAGAUAUGUCUCUCCGUACAUUGCCAGGGGAUCAUGGUCUCCCUCUGCAACAGGCUCUUCCGGAUGUUCCACCAAGAAUGGCAGAAGCAGUGAACCGAGGAAGUGAGUUUUUGGCAAAUAUUGCUGUUGGGACUCCGUGGGAAUCUAUGGCUAAAGAAGUCGGAGGUUCGCUUGGAAUGGACUCGAAGAUCCUUCGUGCUGAUAUGUCUAAAGAUCUUGCACUGCUCGUUGAUGCAAUCACUUCUUGGAUGGCUUCAAAUAUGGGUCCUAAACUUCUGAGACCAUAAUCUUUACUCAUGUACACAAAACAUAAAAGUUAUUUAUUUAAAGUAAUGUAUAUAUAACAGGAAGCGUCUGGUAAUACAUAAAAACUCUUGCCGAUUGCA